CACAUCGCCUUCAUCUUGCGCCCUCUCACAACACUCCUACUGCCAUCCUCCAUCUCCGCCUCCACAUCACGCCCCACAAUGUUCCAGAGAACCCUCCUCCGCGCUUCGAGACAGGCUGCCGUCCGCCCUGCCGCCUUUGCGCCCAUCAGACAGCAAGUCGCAAGCACACGAGCCGCCGCGCCCGCCAUCAGAUGGUACUCGGACGCGCCCGCGGCAAAGGAGGCCGAGGCGGCUGAGAAGAAGGAGGAUGCGCCCAAGGAUGAGUCGGCGCAAUUGAAGGAGCAGGUCGAGAAGAAGGACAAGGAGAUCGUCGAGCGGCAGGACAAGUACCUCCGCUCAGUCGCCGACUUUCGCAACCUCCAGGAGCGCACAGCGCGCGAGACCAAGGCUGCCAAGGACUUCGCCAUCCAGCGCUUCGCCCGCGACCUCGUCGAGUCGGUUGACAACCUCGACCGCGCCCUCUCCACCGUUGCGCCCGAGAAGCUCCAGGGCGACAACCAGGAUCUGUCGUCCCUGCACGAGGGCGUCAAGAUGACCGAUGGCAUCCUGAUCAACACACUGAAGAAGCACGGCCUCGAGCGCUUCGACCCCUCCGCAACCAGCGAGAAAUUCGACCCCAACGUUCACGAGGCUGUCUUCAUGGCACCGCAGCCAGGCAAAGAGGAUGGCACCGUCUUCUUCACCCAGCAGAAGGGCUUCUACCUGAACGGACGUGUGCUGAGGCCUGCCAAGGUUGGCGUCGUCAAGAACGCCUAAGCGCUGUAUUCUCCGCAUUGAAAUCUCUUUUUUUUUUCCAGCUCCCACGUUUGGGGGGCGCCUGUGGACUCGCAUCUGUAUGAGUAUUUGUCUGGCUCGGUACGGCUACACCUGGGUGGUUCUAUUUGGGCAUGGUACAUUGGGCACGGCGUUGUUGUGUACACCCUAUAGCACGACUUGUGCGUUUCUCCGCAGCAUGUCUCUGUAUAUUCCCCUCUCACGCAUCUCAAAAAGGCUCGGCGGCUGUGAGGAGCUGCUCUUGUACAUUGUAAUAUUAGUCACGACGGAAGGAGGAUUGCUACAAUAAAUGGACCAACACCAUCACGAAUGCGAAUGUUGAAUACACA